AUGGCUCCUGCCAAACCUUCCACCGCUCGCGCUAGUCCUCCCUCAUCCCUAGUAUCGGUACUCCUCCUCUUCACCCUACUCCUCGUCGCUCGUCAAGCCUCGGCCGCCAAUCUCCCAUUGGACGGCUGUCAGUGCGGCAAGCUACGGGGCUUGGAGCGAGCGCGAAAUAACGCCGUUAAUUUCCGGCGGUUCGAGCAGAUCGGGUCGUUCAACGGCGCCUUCAACAGCCACGGCGGCCGCCUCGUGCCUCACGAGCACGGCUCGGGCUCGGUCAAUCUCGAGGUCUACCAGGAGGUCGGAAACUACGUGGAAGUGGUGCGAGGCCGCCCGGGCAGCACGCUCGAGGGGUGCUGCGCGGCGUGCGCGGCGUCCCCACUGUGCCUGCAGUACCACUGGUUCCCUAGCGCGCAGCAGCGCCGCAACGCCAACGUGCGCGGGUUCGUGGCGGGCGCGCAGUGCUACCUGCUGGGCGCGGACGGCGGAGCGGGCGUGGCGGGGCACUUCAAGACGCCGUACAGCGGCGAGGCGGAGGAGCAGCGCAUCAUGGCGCCCUACUUCCCGCAGAGCUGGGUGGGCGGAAUCUGCAACACUUCCGCCAUCCCCGCCUCCCCGCUCACACUCCGCCGCCCCACCCAAUCCGACCUCGCCACGCUGGACCCCGACAGCCAGCUCAGCAACACCUUCUGCCUACUCAGCGACCGCCGAAUCCACGUCAACAUCCGCCUGUCCGGCUACGACCCCGACCGCCUGCCCGCCCUCCCCGCGGACCCCCUCUCCGCCUCCGCUUCCUCCGCCUCCCUGCGCGGCCAAUCGGACCCCACCGCGCGCGCGCAUGUCCGCGCACACGGGUCCGCGGGGCUGCGCGCAUGGAUCAAGGAGGUGGGCGUGGUGUGGGUGGGGCACGAGGGGCGCCCGCACACGCUGCGACUCGUCGCGCGCGGGGGGAAGCAGCAGGCGCGCGGGCGCGAGGGCUUCCUCGCACUGGCGGAGAUGGACGGCGUGCAGGUCGCUGUCCCCGCGGAGGUGGGCGCGGCGGCGGAGGGCGCGGGGGGACUGGUAGUGGCGAAGGUGGCGGAAGAAACGGACGGGGGGAUGGAUGUAGACCAAUACGCGGUGAUGAUUCAGGGGCUGGCGGAGAUCAACGUGCGCGCGAGCGUGGCGCAUCCCCUCCUGCAGAGCAUGGGGGAGGCGGAGGCGCACUUCAUAAUCGAGUUCAUGGACCUGCAGACGACGCCCGCCAUCCAUGGCGUGUUGGGGCAGACGUUCCGGGAGACGCCUGACGGGCAGCACAGGGACCUCACGUACUCGCAUCUGUCUGGGCUGCUGCUGCGCGCGGGGCAAGAGGGGGAUAAGGGGGAUGGGUUCCUGGAGGGUUCUGCUGGGGACUAUGUGACCUCGACUAUCACCCGGCCGGAUUGCGCCUUCUCUGCCUUCCCCUCCAUCCCCCUCCCUGCUUGA